AUGGACUAUGCCGCUCUGCGACAGCGUGACGAUCCGUCGUCCGCUGAGAAAUUCCUUCAGCUCAUUCAGAACCCGUUCAAGUCGGCUUUCCAAAUCAACGCCGUGUGGGCUUCCCUAGGCGCCUCCGCCGGUAUCUCCGUCCUCCUCGCCCUCCUCUUCUCCCUCUUCCGUCCUCAUCACUCUCUCGUCUACGCGCCCAAAGUCAAACAUGCGGAUCGCAGACAUACCCCGCCGCCGGUGGGGAAGGGCUUCUUCGCCUGGAUUCGCCCCGUCCUGCGCACGAGGGAGCCCCAGCUCGUGGAAUGCAUAGGUCUCGAUGCGACGAUUUUUCUGCGCUUCACCAAGAUGUGUCGCAAUAUCUUUAUUAUCCUCAGUAUCAUUGGCUGCGGCGUCAUGAUUCCCGUCAAUAUCACCCAGAGCAACGCUACAUUCCGCUCGUCGUUGUCGGCGUUCGCGACGAUGACCCCGCUUUAUGUCACGACGGAGGCGAUCUGGAGUCAAGUCAUCUGUGCCUGGCUCUUCAACGGCAUCAUUGCGUUUUUUCUCUGGAGGAAUUAUAAGGCGGUCACGGCUUUGCGGAGGAAAUAUUUCCAGAGCCGUGACUAUCAGCACAGUCUACAUUCGCGGACAUUGAUGAUUACAGAUAUCCCCAAUGAGGCACGCUCGGAUGAAGCGCUCCUACGCCUCGUGGAUGGGAUCAACCCAUCCGCUGCUAUUCCUCGAGCCUCCAUCGGGCGAAACGUCAAGGACCUGCCCAUCUUAAUCAAGGAGCAUGAGGAAACCGUCCGCCAGCUGGAGUCCGUACUGGCGAAAUACCUCAAGCGACCAAAUCAACUGCCUGCUCAGCGGCCAUUGAUGCGCCCUUCAAAAAAGCAACGGGGUGACCACCCAGACUGCAAAGUCGAUGCUAUCGAUUUCCUCGCGGAUCGUAUCCAACGGCUUGAGGAAGAGAUUCGGCACGUCCGUGCGUCGAUUGACAAGCGAAACGCCAUGCCGUUUGGUUUCGUCAGCUGGGAAAUGAUUGAGCAUGCACAUGCGGCGGCAUAUACAGCGCGGAAGAAGCACCCCAAGGGCACAACGAUCAGGCUGUCGCCGCGACCGAACGAUCUCAUCUGGGAGAAUCUGCCGUUGUCGAAGCAGACCCGUAAAUGGAGACGAUUCAUGAACUUCAUCUGGGUUUCGCUGUUGACUGUGGUGUGGAUUGCUCCCAACGCCUUGAUCGCCAUUUUCCUGUCUAAUUUGAACAACCUUGGUCUGGUCUGGCCGGCUUUUCAGACCUCGCUCAGUGCGAAUCCGGGCGUAUGGGCAGCAGUUCAGGGUAUUCUCUCCCCUGCGCUCACUUCGCUUGUCUACUUGGUCCUGCCCAUCAUCUUCCGUCGCCUGUCGAUCAAGGCAGGUGAUGUGUCCAAGACAUCGCGCGAGCGCCACGUCCUGAGCAAUUUGUACUCGUUCUUCGUGUUCAACAAUUUGAUUGUUUUCUCCCUCUUCUCUGCUGCAUGGACCUUCGUUGCCGCCGUCGUGGACGCGCGGAAUAGUGACGAGAAUGCUUGGAAAGCACUGCAGGAUGGUGCUUUCUACGAAAAGGUCAUGAGCGCGCUGUGUCAGGUGUCUCCGUUCUGGGUUACGUGGCUGUUGCAGCGCAACCUGGGAGCGGCGAUCGACCUGGUGCAGCUGGUCACACUCUUCUGGGUCUGGUUCUCUAAGACCUUCCUCGCGCCGACGCCCCGGCAGGCCAUCGAAUGGACCGCGCCCCCGUCAUUUGAAUACGCUAGCUACUACAAUUAUUUCUUGUUCUACGCAACCGUGGCUCUGUGUUUCGCCACGCUGCAGCCCAUUGUGCUCCCGGUUACUGCGUUGUAUUUCGGUCUGGAUGCGAUGCUUAAGAAGUACUUGCUCCUUUACGUCUUCGUGACCAAGAACGAGUCCGGGGGCCAGUUCUGGCGGGUCCUGUUCAACCGUCUGAUUUUCGCGACCAUUCUGUCUGAUGUAGUGAUUGCACUGGUGGCCAAGACCAAGGGUACCUGGAACAUGGUCUACUGCGUGGUUCCACUGCCGUUCCUGAUGCUGGGCUUCAAGUUCUACUGCAUGAGGAAAUUCGACGAUGACAUCAAAUACUACAACCGGGCCAACCUGACCGAUGCCGAAGCGUUUGCGGUUGGCAAGUCGAGCAAGAAGCCGUCCUCGGACCGACUCAACUCCAAAUUUGGCCAUCCGGCCCUGUACAAGCCUCUGAUCACCCCGAUGGUACACGAAAAAGCCGCCGAGGUACUCAAGCAAAUCUAUCGCGGACGACUGAACGCCACAGACGCGCAGGGCGAGUACUCGGACAUUGCGAUGGACCCCAUGUCCGCCGCGCAACCGGGCAAGGCAAUGGACGCCUCUGCCCCGGCGCCCUUCGAAGUCGUCCCCGAGAGUCAAUUAGACUUUUCAUUUUACAAGGACCGUCCCGACUUCCGCGACGAGUUUGGCGGUGGCAUCUACGGCCGACCUGAGGAUCUGAUGACCGAACGGUCCCAUACACCCAAGAGCCACCUGGCCGAAUGGUCUCCGACCACGUCGCGAGCCUCGUCUCCAACGCCAUCGGUCCCCUCACUAUCCGGACUUAGGACGCACGAUAGCUACGAGAUGGCAACGAGCGAUGUCCACCCUGCCUUCCGCCCGCCGCUCUCGCACGAAGAAAGCACCGCGAUGGGAGGGGCCUUGUAUCGGCAUCCGAGCGAGAGCGAAUCGCAGCAGCUUCUGAGUCAGGCGCAGGGACCAGGCACGAGCGACACCUCCGCUGCCUCGCUGGGUCGGUGGCGGCAGGGGGGUUAUGGGCCUGUUGCUCAGGACGAUCCCCCGAUCACCUCGUAUGAACUCUAUCGCAUGCCGCAAUAG